CUAACAAUUAAAGCAAUUUCUGCAAUAGUACCAAACACUGAUGCUAAUAUGAUAGAAGUAGUGUUUAAAGAAGUAGCAUUUGUAGAAAUAGGGUUGGUAGGAUUUGUAGAAGUAGAUUUUA